AGGGAAGAGCCUGGCGCGAGGGGCGCGGCCCCUCGCCGGCGUCGCACCCAGGUGCGGGUCGCGUUCCCGCCGCCUCCGCGGGAGCUGUGGCGCCGGAGUGCAGAAGGGGAGGAGAGGAGAGUGUGGCCCCGCUGGAGCAGGCGGCCGUGGCCGCUGCUGUCGUGCCUCAGAACGGCGAGUCUCCAGCCCCGCGCCUCGCGUGUCUCUCGGGCGGUCACUUCUCCCUCGCGCCUCCCUUACAAGGCAGAGGGAACCGUGUCCCGUAUCUGGGGAGCUGCUGAGGAGAACCUGGCUUGAUUUGCCUAGUUUUAACAGACGAGCACCUCCAAACUUCUAGUCCUGCAAGUUUCUAGCGUCCCCCGCCUCCCAGGAGCCGCGGUCCCAGCGCCUGGGCAGCCGUGGCAUCGCGGCUGGAAAGAGCGGCGGCACGCAACCGGUUCCACUUGCCCUCCUGCUCCAAGUGCCUUUUGUUUGCAUCUCCCCUCUGCUUCAGCAGUGUUUGCCCUUAGUAUUACCCCUCGGGAUUAGGAAAGCGUUUAGUCUUAGUUCUGCCUUCAUGUGGCUCAAAGUCAUGGAAGAAAGAUGAGGAAGAUACUUGUGUCCAACCAGUUUGUCAGGACUGGGAGCGUUAGGCUGCAGUCUGGGACCCGGGAGAGCAGAGUGAUGUGAGCUAGUGUGCUUCAGUCAACAUUUAUUAUCGCUCGGGAAUCCACUUUCUUCUUUAGACUCGUGCUCUAGUUUCUUUUAGUGUUUGUUACCCAGCUCUGGGAGAAAAGCAGGUACUGUCAUAGUGUGUCUCACUGGUUUAAGCAGUCUGUUCCUUUGGCUCAUCUGCAUUAACAUUGUUGUAACCACUAGAAAUUUCUGAAACUGAUUUGCCUUCUGUGAGUCACAAAAUGUCAACACCUGUGCUUUAACCUAUUCAAUAUAAAGGCUGACUAUUAAGAAGAGGGAGGGGAUACUCAUGCAUGAUUUCAUUGUAGUACAAUUAAAGAGCACAUCUUCUGGGAAAGGAAGUGUGGUACCUCAACUUCUAAUUGAACCUGUUUCAUAAACAAGAAGAGACUUGUGGAAGAUGAAAUUUGGUUUGGGAAUUCAUCCUAAUGCGCUGGCAUAUUCCAUGACUACAUUAGGUGCUGGAAUGAUGAACAGUAUCUUUAAUUUCUACUAUGUUAAGCUUUUCCUAAACCGAUACAAAAUUUCAGAAGUAGCAUUUCAUCAAGCACAGGUUGUAUUUAUGAUAUGGAAUGCCAUUAAUGAUCCUCUUUUUGGUUAUAUUCAAGAUAACUCCAAAUUCAAGUGCUGCUCAAGACGCCAGUUCUCAAUUUUAUAUGGAGCUCCUUUAUAUGCGUUGGCCUUUUUGCUUCCUUGGUUUCCUUGGAAACAUUAUGAAGAAGGUGACUGGCUAAGUGGUCUUCACCUCAUUGUUGCGUUAUGUGCUUUUGAUGGUUUGCUUACAUUUGUGCUUCUAGCGCAAUGUGCGCUCUUUGCAGAAAUUUCAACAAGGCAUGAAAGUAGGCUUCAACUUAUUAAAUAUAACCAAGUAGCAACAUUAAUCGGAUCAACAAGCAUUCUCUUUUGUGGUCUCGUAUCAAAUAAUAUGGAAAAUUUUGCGUAUUUUCAGGCUUUCACUGUUUUGGUCGCAGCAUUAGCAACAGUUUGUAUGUGUUACACGGGCAAAUAUAGUACGAGUCAAUAUGAGCAGAGAGCAGUUUGUACAGAGAAUGCUAAUCUGGAAAAUGGUGAUGGAGCUCUCUCCUGGUCCUCGGUACUUUUAUUGACCAAACAGAUUAUGACAGAGAAAAACUUCCUAAUUUUUGUAACGAUGAACUUCUUCCAAGUCUUCCACCUAGCCUUCUGCAACAAUUUUAUGAUGAUCUUUGCGGAUAAUCUUAUUCCUAAGGAUGCCCUUUCUUCCUCAAUAAGAAGUAUCAUGUAUGGAGCAGGCUUUAUUUGUCCUCAGUGCCUUGUUCUUCUCAGUCAAGCUUCAUUGAAGAAAUUUGGUUAUUACAGAAUCAUCUUGUUUUCCUUUUACUUUGAAGGAGUAGCUGCUGCUUUCAUGUUUGUUCUAGGGCCAGAACACUAUUAUCUGUUUGCAUUUUAUCUCACAACAAACAUGGUAAUUGUACAAGCUUCAUUUAGUUUAUUCAAUCUGCCUUUGGCAGAUAUUGUUGAUGCAGAUUUAAUAAAGCACAAGCGGAGAUCACCACUUUCCUCUAUGGUUUUUGGUACCAAUGCUUUAUUUACCAAGCCUGCCCAAUCUUUGGCUCCAAUGCUUGUGGUUACAAUACUAAAUCAAUUUGGAUAUGAGAACUUGAAUAAUGAAGUUGCUCAGCUUGAUCCAAGUUUGCUUUUAGGUCUUCAUGAUGCCAUGUUCUAUUUGAUCUGUCUGGUUCCACUUUGCAUUGCAGUCAUACAGAUCCUGACGUGGACUCGCUUUUCAAUCCAGAAUAGUCAUAUGACAGCUGUACGCUAAAUUUGUAACAGUUGGUCAGUAAAUCUUCUGCUGAAUUGUACCACAAAAGACUUGGUAUGUUUUAAAUGUGAAAAAGCAAAACUUCAUUAAAUGGACUAUUAGGCCAAGCACAGUUUGAACCAUUUCAAUAGAGUUGCAUUCUUCAGGCUGUGUAGACUGUAACACAGAUCACAUUCAGCCUUAAUGCUGAGCCUACACAGAUUUUUUUACUACCUCAGUUGUUUGCCUUUAGUAGGCUUUAUCCUUAAUUACCAAAUAAAGUAAUUUCUGGUAUAUAGUGGUCACUGCUAACUCAUCUGAAGAAUGGAUAUAGCAGAUCAGGUAAAGGAAUCCCCACCCAGCACCUGGAAUUCCAGGGGACUGUAUUUUCUUAAGUUCACUGAAAGAUGGUGAAUUAAUUUUGCCAUACUGAUAAAAUGGCAGAUCUCUGAAGUUAAUCUGGAAGAGCCUGGUGGACAUCUCUCAUGGAUGGCAGGGAGAUGAAGAGAAGAAUUUAGAUGGCGUCUAGCUGACCAGUAUCAAGACAGCUACCGCAGGAAGAGUCAAGAAUAAUUAACUACCCUGUAAAAGUCUGUGUAAGGCUAAAGAAGAAAAAGAUUCAGAUGCUGUUCAAUGAAGUAUUGCCGGAUAUGGAAAAAGCUCCAUACGUCCUCACUGGCUUUCCAGAUGUGUCUAGUCGGUGGUAGGUAGAUGCAGUUUUCUGUCUUUAAAUGGGAAAAUUAUUUUGAAGGUACCAUAUUGUUAGUACUUAAUACAGAAUGUCAUUUUGGUAAGAAAAACAUUAGUGUAUGGGUGUAGUAGUGUUCAGUUAGUUGGACAAAUCUAAGCACACACAUAUUGAAUCAAAUUCUACCUACAUAGUAGUGUUACAUUGGCAAACUCAUUUAAUGUGCUGACAGUUGAAGUUAAUUUCUAAUUAAUCAUGUUGAAGUUAGUUGAUUUCUGAUUAAUUAUUACCAGAAUCUUUUCAGUUAAACUUUUAAAUGGAUCCUGUGAUUUUUAUUAAAUAAAGGGUUUUUGAUAAAA